CCAUCCAGACAGUCCAUUGCCUUUCUAGCGAAUCAAUCCGUACAAAAAGCGUUCCUACACUACUACAAUAAUCUAACAUGCUUCGAUUCUCCGCUAUCCACUUGAGCUUGUUUGUUUGGGCGUUAUCAGUUUAUUCGAUUUCUGGCUUUUCCGUUGAAGAUCUACUGGAACAGCAAAUGUAUAAAAAUAUUGAACUUAGAGAACUUUUGGUAUCCACAGAACGUCGAAUGGAAGCGUUGCAGCAAAAAAAUGGCAUUUUGGAAAACCUGGUUAUCAAAAUGGAAAUUGAAGCACGCAGGAAAUUUCCAUUUUUAAAUGAAUUAUUACGACAAGUAUCAACAACAGCGAAACCGCUGGCUGGUGCAGCAACUACCGUUAGACUUCUUGGUGACGUAUUGCCUACGAGUCGUCCUGAGAUCAAACGCGACUGAAAAAUUCAACAUUUUAUUUAAAAAGUAAAUUCGGUGAUAAAACAAUCAACGCAUAACUUCGCGAUAAUUCUUUUUGAUUCAAAUUUUUCUUUGACCUAUAAGGUUUGAAAUUUUUUUAAGUAUACACAUAAAAUUUUGUUUAUUUUUGUCCAAGGUUUUUCCUUUUGAACGUUUGAUGUAAAAAAUGUUUUUUGUACAGUCCAGUCAAAGAACAUGUGCAGUAACCCCCCCCCCUCCCCGACCCAUUAAAUAAACACACUAAUAAGUUA